AUGAAAGUCCUAAUCGCCAACCGCGGCGAGAUCGCCCUCCGCCUCAUCUCCGCCUGCCGCACCCUCCACCACCGCACUCUCGCCAUCUACGCCGCCGAAGACGGCGACAGCCUGCACGUCCGCCUCGCCGACGAGGCCGUCGCGCUACACUCCCCCACUCCUGCUGGCUCAUCAGCCGCGUACCUCGACGCCGAGCAAAUCGUGCGCAUCUGCCGCGAAAAGAAUGUCGAUGCCGUGCUCCCCGGCUACGGGUUCCUCAGCGAGAAUGCAGCGUUUGCGGAGAUGUUGAGGGUGGCGGGUGUGGUGUUUGGGGGGCCGAGUGCGGAGGUCCUGCGGGAUUUUGGACUUAAGCAUCGGGCGAGGGAACUGGCGGUGGCGGCGGGGGUGCCGGUCGUGCCGGGCACGAAAGGGGUGGUACGGGACGGCAAGGAGGCAGUGAGGGAGGCUCGGAGACUGGGGUUUCCGGUCAUGGUGAAGGCGACGGCGGGAGGUGGGGGGAUGGGGUUGAAGGUUUGUUAUGGAGAGGAAGAGGUGAGGGUGGCGGUGGAGAGUGUGAGUAAGAGGGGCGAGGUGAUGUUUAAGGAUGCCGGAGUGUUUCUGGAGAGGUUUGUGGAGAGCGGGAGGCAUGUGGAGGGGCAGGUGUUUGGGAAUGGGGAGGGGGAGGUGUUGUGGUUUGGGGAGAGGGAGUGUUCGGUGCAGCGGAGGCAUCAGAAGGUGUUGGAGGAGGCGCCGAGUCCCUUUGUGCUGAAGCAUCCGGGGUUGAGGGAGAGGUUGCGCGUGGCGGCAGUGGCGUUGGCGAGGUCGGUUAAUUAUAAGUCUGUGGGCACGGUGGAAUUUCUGGUUGAUGAUAAGACGGGGGAAUUUUACUUCCUGGAGAUGAACACCAGGUUGCAGGUUGAGCAUGGCGUGACGGAGCUGUGCUACGAAGUCGAUCUGGUCGAGCUGAUGCUGAAGCAGGCAGAGGCGGAAGUGCAGUCGCUCCCAGGGCUGAGUCAUGAUGAGCUGGCGCGAUAUACUCGAGCAGAGCCAAAGUGUCACGCCGUCGAGGUGCGUGUCUAUGCAGAGAACCCGGCUGAUGGCUACAAGCCGUCACCUGGGCUGUUCACCGACGUCUCGUUCCCGCAAGGCGAGCAUAUCCGCGUCGAUACCUGGCUCGAGCGCGGGUCGACUGUGACUGCAUCAUUUGAUCCGCUGCUUGCGAAGGUCAUGGUACGUGCAGGAGACCGCGACAGUGCUUUUGACAAACUACAACAAGCACUUGCCGACACGAAGCUCUACGGUCCACCAACCAAUCUUGAGUUCCUCGAAGCCAUUGUGCGGGAUCCUGCGGUACGUGCCGGGAGGACUUUGACCAGCACCCUGAACCACUUCCGAUAUACGCCAUCGGCGAUCGAGGUCAAGGACGGCGGCCUCUACACCACCGUACAAGACUACCCCGGCCGGCCGAACUACCGCAGCGGUGUUCCUGUCUCAGGUCCGAUGGAUGGCCUCUCGCUCCGCAUUGCGAACCUGAUCGUCGGCAACGCCGAUGGCACCGAGAGCUUGGAGAUCACGUACGGCGGGCCCCGCAUGCUCUUCCACCAAGCAGCUGUGGUUGCGCUUUGUGGGGCGCAGUUCGACUUCUCCAUUAAUGGAGAGGCUGUGGCGUUGUGGAGUCGCCAUUUGGUUCCUGCGGGCGCAGAGGUGGUCGUUGGAGGCAAUACUUCAGGAGGAUGCAGGGCUUACCUGGCCAUUCUCGGAGGGUUUCCGAACGUCGGUGCGUAUCUUGGGUCGAGGAGCACGACGCCUUCACUGAAGUGGGGUGGGUAUCAGGGCCGCACAUUGCGGGCGGGAGACUGGCUUCAGAUCUCGAGUCUCGACCCCGAUGCCAGUCAAAUAACCGGGCCAUUCACGCUUCCACUAGCGCUGAUCCCGCCCAUCGCCUCAACAUCACCAAUCUACACCCUCCCCGGGCCAUACGAUACGUCAGACUUCAUCACCCCACAAGGCCGCCACGCCUUCUUCGACACAGCAUGGAAAGUCGCAUUCAGCUCGAGUCGCGGCGGCAUCCGCCUCGAGGGCCCGCCACCGCAGUGGUCGCGCCUCAGCGGUGGAGAGGGCGGCAGCCACCCGAGCAACAUGCUGGGCUACGGGUAUCCGCUGGGCGGCAUGAGUUUCACGGGCGACGAGGCCGUGGUCUUCACGAUGGAUUCGCCGGUGCAGUCGGGGUUCAUUUGUCCGCAGACGGUGUUGUCGUGUCAGAUGUGGAGGCUGGGGCAGCUUAAGCCCGGCGACUGUGUUCGGUUUGCACAGUGCUCGUGGGAGCAGGCGAUGGAGUUGGAGAAGAGUCAGGAGGAAUUUGUACGGAAAGUCGCGGUGGCGGUAACGGCUGGCGAGACUAAUGGUGCGGCUAAUGUGGCGACAUCGUGGGAGAUCAGCAGACCAGUGCCCGAGUCUUCUGUUCUCUAUGAACGCGUCGAGCAGUCAGGAAACGGUCUGCCUCGUCUCGUGCUUCGCCAGGCAGGCGAUCGAGGCAUCCUCUGCGACUUUGGAUCGCAGGUCUUUGACCUUACCGUACGAACCCGCGCACAGCAGCUGGUGCGGGCUGUUGGUGAGAGGCCACCUCGAGGCUUCCAACGCGUCACACGACCGCAUACUAUGAGCGUCUUUGUCGCAUUUGAUUCCCAUAUAAUAGAUCAAAAGACCGCCGUCGACGCCCUGGUCAACCUCGAGCGAAGCUUCAGCGAUGUAUCGAAUUUCACAACGCCCAGCAAGACUUUUCACCUACCCAUGGUAUUCGACGCGGAAGAAUGUGUGCAGGCGACAGCCCGAUACAUGGAGACACAGCGCCCUUAUGCCACAUACCUGCCGGACAACAUUGACUUCAUCCGACGAAACAACGGCCUCGAAAAGAGAGAUGACGUGCUGAAAGCUGUGAAUGGGGUUCCGUUUCUCGUCGUCGCGUCUUCUGGGAUCAUGGGCUUGCCCAUCCUCAUGCCUAUCGAUCCGAGGAAAAGACUGACGGUGCCGAAGACGAACCCGUCCCGGACUGUUACGCCGGCAGGUGCGCUGGGAACAGGUGGUAAUACCUCAUCGAUAUAUCCGGUUGACUCGCCCGGUGGCUAUCUACUCUGGGGCAUGACCCUGCCCGGCUGUCCAUUCGACACCUUCGGCCGCAAGCCAAACUACACUCCUGAUGCACCGUGGCUGUACAACACUUUCGAUCAGGUAGUCUUCCAUGCCGUGUCGCGUGCCGAGUUCGAUGCGAUCAACCAGCGUUUUCAGAUGGGCCUGUAUGAGAUCAAAGUGGAGGAUUCUGUUUUCGAAAUGAAGAAGUACAUCCAGUUGACGAGAGACACGGCGGAGGAAGUCGCGCGUAUUGGACAGCGGCAAAGAGAAUGUGCGGCCAUUGAGCUUGAGAAGGAAAACGAGUUGCUGCAGCGGUGGAAGGCCGAGAAGCAAGCGCGCGGAGAUCAAGGCGUGGAGAAGCAGCAGGACAAGGAUGCGGCUCUAUUGGAAAGCAACGCCAAUGCCACCCGCGUUCUCGCGACAAUGAGUGCCCGGGUAUGGAAGCAGGUUGCAUCCAACGGCAGCAUGGUGAAAUCUGGCGAAGACCUGUUGGUACUGGAGGCCAUGAAGAUGGAGAUUGCCGUCAAGGCGCCAGGAGACGGCCCAAAAUACAGCGUUGUGGCGGUGCUAAAGCAGAAGGGGGAUCUAGUUGAGCCGGGGGACGUGCUGGUCUUGUUGGUCCCAUCCUGA